AUGAAGACCAUCCUGUUGUUGCUGGCUGUGAUAGCUGUGGCCCAGGCAGUCGUGACCUUGACCUUGUCGUCUGCUGAUAUUGAAGCGUUCCUAAAGUCUCACAACGACGUGAGGAAUGCUCUAGGUAUCCCGUCUUUGACAUGGGACACCAAACUGGCCGAUUACGCAAAAGACUGGACAUCAAGGUGUGUUUUUAAACACAGCUAUGGAGAUUAUGGGGAGAACUUAUUCGCAACUGGAUCUACGACCAAAAACGCCACUGAAUUGGCCUAUAGUAGCGCUUCAGCUUGGAAAAGUGAAGUGGCUUAUGUUGACCCUGACUGGAAGUGUGUCGGUGGGAAACCUACCUGUGGUCAUUACUCACAGAUGGUGUGGAGAGAUACAACUGCCCUUGGCUGUGCCAUCACUCAGUGUGAGAAUAUUGCCAACCUGGUUUUUUGCACUUACAACCCACCUGGCAACUACAAAGGUGAAAAGCCCUAUUAGAUGCAGACUGCUACAGCGAUCAGUGGACAGGCCGCCGUGAUUUCCGCCUCCUUCCAGU